GUCCAGCAUCAGCACACUCACUGUGAUCACCUGAAGAGCAAGAGGAUGGACGCAGCACACAAGAAAGUGAAUGGAAACUACGGGAAAGAUGGAGAAACAGAGGAGCCAGGAACAGGGCGGAGAAGGGGUUCCAUGUACCUGGAGGAGGAGACCAACAAGUCAGAAGUGAUCUCCUGCAUCUUCUCCCUGAAGGAGGAGGUCGGAGCGUUAGCCAGAGGCCUGCGGCUCUUUGAGGAGAAUGGCAUCAACCUGACGCACAUUGAGUCCCGUCCAUCGGGGAUGAAGAAAGAUCAGUACGAGUUCUUCAUCAGCGUGGACUCCAGCUGCUCUCAGGCCCUGGACGAGGUCAUCGACAGCCUGCGGACCCAGAUCAGCGGCCCCGUGCACGAGCUGUCCCGCAACAAGCUGAAGGACACAGUGCCAUGGUUCCCUAAUGACAUACAGGACUUGGACCGCUUUGCCAACCAGAUCCUCAGCUACGGCUCUGAGCUGGACUCUGAUCAUCCGGGUUUUAUAGAUCCAGUUUACAGAGCCCGCAGAAAGGAGUUUGCUGACAUUGCCUUCACCUACAGACAUGGCCAAAUCAUCCCUCGGGUGGAGUACACGGAGGACGAGAAGGUCACAUGGGGGACGGUGUUCAAGGAGCUGAAGACCCUGUACCCGACUCACGCCUGCCGCGAACACAACCGGGUGUUCCCCCUGCUGGAGAAAUACUGCGGCUACAGGCAGGACAACAUCCCCCAGCUGGAGGACGUGUCCCGCUUCCUGCAGUCGUGCACAGGGUUCCGACUGCGCCCGGUGGCCGGCCUGCUCUCGUCCCGGGACUUCCUGGCUGGCCUCGCUUUCCGCGUCUUUCAUUCCACGCAGUACAUUCGUCACAGCUCCAAGCCCACAUACACACCUGAGCCGGAUAUCUGCCAUGAGCUCCUGGGACAUGUUCCUCUGUUUGCUGAUACCGGUUUCGCCCAAUUCUCACAGGAAAUCGGCCUCGCCUCCCUCGGUGCUCCUGAUGAGUUCAUUGAGAAACUUGCUACUGUGUACUGGUUCACCGUGGAGUUUGGCCUGUGUAAGCAAGGCUCAGAGACCAAAGCUUUCGGAGCUGGCUUGCUUUCAUCAUUUGGAGAGCUGCAGUACUGCUUGACAGACAAGCCCAAAGUCCUGCCCUUUGACCCCGCCAAGACCAGCCUUCAGAAAUACCCCAUCACCGAGUACCAGCCUGUGUACUUUGUCGCCGAGAGCUUUGAGGAUGCCAAAGAGAAAGUGAGGAAAUUUGCAAACACCAUCCCGAGGCCUUUCACUGUGCGCUACAAUCCGUACACUCAGAGCAUCGAAGUGCUGGACAACACCCAGCAGCUCAGGAACCUGGCUGACAGCAUCGGCAGUGAAAUGGGGAAACUGUGCGAAGCCCUGCGGAAACUGCAAAACUGAAGUAAUCUGAGCCGAAGCAUGCUGAGAAUCUCUACAUUUCUUCAAUCAAACGGUUUAUUAUCGGGCUUCUUGGAGUCCUGAUUAGCUUGCCUGCUACUUUACUUUCUUUCUAUUAAAACAAAUAUGCAGGUGAAAUAAUGGCAAUAUUAAUGUAAUCCAAUUAGUAUUUUAGUUAGGUGAAUAGUGUAGCCUGCGUCUUGAGUAGGAUGAUAAUGAAUGUGCAGCUAGAAAUGUUACAGUUAAUAUUACUAGCCUACAGUAUAAGUGUUGAGAAGAGACGUGUUUUUUAAAAUAAGAGGGUUUGUUAAUCAAAAUCUCUUAUCAGCUAAUUUUAUUUCUAAUAUUAUGUGAAUACAGCUGAAAUAAUCAGAUUUAUUUCUAUGCACUUCAAAUCCAAAGGAACCAAUGCAUUUUGUUACAAGUUACAUUUUGCUUUGGUAAAUUAAAUGUUUUGUGUAUACAUGAAAUGAUAUAUUGAAAUAAAUAAAUGUUUUUCUUCUCUCUAUCUCUUAUAAAAAA